ACCUAGAGGCGUGUGACAGCUGUGUGUGCCUGUUGACGAUGACACGCUUUGUUAUUUGAUGUCCUGUUGCCGAUGUGGAGGAGAUAAAAUUACAGCGUGCAACUCACCAGGUCGGCGAGCACGGCGCGCUUCGGGCUCCAGAAAAAACGGGGCAGCUUCGUGGAUUUUUAGGACAGAAGUUUGCGAGGGGCGGGUGAAGACCAUGAAGCCCUGCUCCUCACUCUUGCUGCUGAUUUCAUGUCUAAUACACGGAGGCUUGGCAUCAGUGAGGCUGCACCAUAUAGCUGCUGUUGAAAUUGAGUGGGUUUAUUCCAAGCGUGGAAGGCAGAGCUCGUUAGCAGAAACAGAAACGUUUCAAAAAGUCGUUUACAAGGAAUAUCAUGACUCUGAUUUCACCAGAGAAAAGGUUGGCCCCGAGUGGAGAGGUCUGCUGGGACCCACGUUGCGAGCUGAGGUAGGAGAUACUUUAAAAAUCCAUUUCAAGAAUAAGGCUGCUUAUCCUUUCAAUAUUCGCCCGCAAGGAAUCUCCGACGGGAAAUCCGCUGACGGAUUCAUUCAUGGAGGCAGAUUAUACUUUAAAAGCCAUGAAGAACGUAUUAUGCCACUCCAAGAACAUACUUAUGAAUGGAAGAUCACAAAAGAAGUAGGGCCAACCUCAUUUGAUCCUCAGUGCCUAACCUAUACUUAUUCUUCUGACAUUGAUGUUGUAAAAGAUAGGCAUGCAGGAUUGAUUGGAACCCUACUCAUCUGUAAACCUGAUAGUUUAGACGAAAGCGGAGAGCAAAGUGGAUUUCAUGCAGAGUUUGUUUUACUGUUUUCUGUAUUUGAUGAAAGUGAGAGUUGGUAUUAUGAGAAUGAAAAGAAGACUCCAAUCAAAAUGUAUUCUAUCAAUGGAUUUACUAAUGGCACUUUACCAGAACUUAGCGCCGAUGUUUAUGGAAUGAUUAGUUGGCAUCUGAUUGGCAUGAGCUACGGUCCUGAAAUUUUCUCUGUACAUUUUAAUGGCCAAGUCCUCUUGCAAAAUAACCAUAAAGUUUCAUCCAUUGGCCUGACUCCAGGCACUUCCAUCACUGCUGAGAUGUUUCCCUCUGAAGUUGGAAAAUGGCUGGUUUCUUCUCAAGUACAGCAUCAUCGCCAGGCUGAAUUAUAUGGAUAUCUCAACAUUAAAAAUGGCAAAUUUAAGAAACCUUCCAUGGGAUAUCAUUCAAGGAGACUAACAGGAAAGCUUCGAGAGUACUUUAUUGCAGCAGAAGAAAUGGAUUGGAAUUAUGCUUCUGAAAUUCCAAGCUAUAUUGACAGUGAUUUCAGAACUAAGUAUUUGAUGCAAGGACCAAACCGUAUUGGCAAAAUAUAUAAAAAGGCAAAAUAUGUGGAAUAUACAGAUGGAACGUUCACUCAGCGUAAAACAUCAGAUGAAGCUGUAUCUGUUCUACAAGAUGGAAUUGGGGUACCUGUUAUUAGAGGUGAAGUCAAAGAUUUAAUUAAGAUUCAUUUUAAGAAUAAGGCUAGUCGACCUUACAGCAUCUAUCCUCAUGGCAUUACAAUCAGUAAAAUGAAUGAAGGGGUUAAAUACCCUGGGAAUUCCUCAGAUUCCAAGAAUCAGGUUGAACCUGAUCAAACUUUCAUAUAUACAUGGGUCAUUUCUGAAGAAGAUGGACCAACAUCUUUGGACCCCAGGUGUCUAACAAGAAUGUAUCACAGUGCUGUGGAUAUCACACGAGACAUUGCAUCAGGACUUUUUGGACCACUUCUUAUCUGCAAGGGUCAAUCCUUGGAUGCCCGGAAUUUACAGAUAAGAGUAGAUGAGGAGCAACGCAUCAUAUUUGCAGCGCUUGAUGAGAACCAAAGCUGGUAUAUUGAUGAGAACAUUCAGUCGUGUCUGGAUCCAUCCAGUGUUGACCCCACAGACCCUGAAUUUUAUGAAUCAAACAUCAUGUACACAAUAAAUGGCUUUGUGUAUGAAAGCAAAGAGGCUUUACCAUUCUGCGAAGGUGAUGUUACAUACUGGCAUGUUUUUAGCAUUGGUUCCCAAGAUCGCAUUCUGUCAAUUAAUUUCCAUGGACACACCUUCAGCCACAGAAAGACAAAUGAGGAUAUAAUACAUCUCUUCCCCUUAUCUGGUGAAACUCUGACCAUGCAGAUGGACAAUUCCGGUGAGUGGCUUCUCAGAUCUUUAAGUACACAGCAGAGGACCUAUGGUAUGAGGAUGAGAAUUAAAGUUUACCAAUGUGCAGAUGAAGCAGUUGCAUACCCACUAGUUGUUUAUAAAAUUGAAUAUGAAGGAGACAAAGUACUGGUGGAAGUAAGUGAGGAAGUGGGCGAUGAAAGUAUUGAUGAGGAAACUCUUGAAAUUCUGAAAGAACUUGGACUACGGUCAUUCAGAAAACCACAGGAACCGACAGAGGAAGAUAUUCUCCAAUAUAUUGAAGAUGAUGGUGCAGAGGGCAACACUGUUACACUCAAGGAUGAAAAUCCAUUAAAUGUCAGUCACCUGAAUUCAAAUGGCAAUCAGAGUAAAACAUCCAUUAAUGCAAAUAAACCAAUCAAUUCACCAAAUGAAGGUGAAACAGAUGACUUAGAUUAUUACAUACAUGAAGCAGACAAAUUUGAAGAAUCUGUCAAGUUAAAUGAAAGGUCAACAGUAGAGCCAACAAAGGAAGAAACACUCAAUGAAAUGGCACAAAUAACUGAAACAUCAGUAUUUGAUUCACAGCCACUGAAUUUCACAUCGACAAGUACUCAUUUAAACCACAAUAUGCAAGGUGUGAUUAAAGAAGAUACUAGCUUGGAGAUUUCUGCCAAGGACUAUAAUGCAAGGAAUGACAGUAGUGUACUUCAAGAUGCUGCACUAAGAACAGCUGCCAAUGAUACUACUUUCAUAAGUAAUAUGGAUAUUUUGGUUAAUCUCGUGGUGAAGAACAAGGGGAGUUUAGCAGAUAUUCCUGUAUCAACAUUAAAACAAAGCAAUAAUUUUCAAAUAACUGCGGAGAGCACAAGUUACAUCAACAAUACCAAUGGCAAGGGAGAAGAGGAAUAUGCUUUAGUCACACGAGGAAAGAGCUCAGAAAUAAAUAAUCAAGGCAAAGCUGAAGAUUUUAUCAAACAAGGCAAUGAAGAUGCUGCAGAAGUACAUACUGACAGUGAAACAGGUGGAAAACAGGAAACAGAAAAAGAGAAAGGGGGUACAGACAAAACUGGUGCAGGUACAGAGUUAGGAUUGAUUGAUGAAUCUUUGUCACUUGGAGACAAUCAGGCAAUUGAACCUGAACACAGCCCCGACUUAAUCCAACAUGCUGAAAAUAAAACUAUUACAAAUAAUGACAGCACAAUUGAAGCGACAACUGAUAGUGAAAAGAAUAAUUCAUUCAGGCAAGCGUCCAGUGAGGCUCCAGAACACUUCACAAGUACCUUAAAAGAAUCAAGUAUGGAGAGCAGUGAAGAUCCUGAAAAGGUGUUUAUUUUUUUGAAGAAACAUUUAAAAAGUAAGCACAGAGUUCGAUUUCAGGGAGCACCUUUAAAACCAAAAGGGCAUCAUUUGACCUACCAAGUGGAAGAUAAAGGCACUACUGUGUCCAAGAUAAAAAGUUUGAAAAGGUACAUAAAAGGCAAAAAGAAAAAUAAUUCUAAAAAACAGCACAAAACUGCAGAAACCACAAGAAGGCAAGCUGCAGCUGAAAUGAUGCUGAAACACAGAAAAAAACUGAAGAAGAAGAUGUCACCAAGAGGGUUGAAGCAUGGUAUUAAACAAAGAACAAAUAUUUUUUCAGGAAAAAAACAAAAGCCAUCAAAAGGUUUUAAACCUAAACAUAAAGACUCUGUAAUUUAUCAAGAUGAUGCUUCACACAGUAUCAUUGUCGGAAUUCCCAAACGUAGUAAUGGAGUAACUCUUGAUUAUGAUGAAUAUAUUGCAAAUGUGGAAGUAAACCCUCUUAGAGCUGCCUUAGAAAAGGAUGAAGAGGAGACAGAUUUAGAUUUUGUAAGCCCUUAUUCCCAAGACAGCCGAUCUCAUUCAGAUAUGUCCCGGGAUCCAGAAAUGAUUGUCGAGCAUUAUUUACGCAGCCACAGUGGGAAUGUGAGGCGGUAUUUUAUUGCUGCAGAAGAAGUUCAUUGGGAUUAUACCAGAAAUGCAAUAGAUCUUGGAAGAUCAGCAAAGCAAAGAAAUACUCAGUACAAAAAGGUCAUUUUUCGGAGAUAUACAGAUGCACUUUUUAGGAAUCGUUAUGAUCACGGAGAACGGGAUGACCACUUGGGAAUACUUGGACCUGUCAUCAGAGCAGAAGUUAAUGAUGUCAUCAAGGUUACAUUCAAAAACCUUGCUUCCAGACCAUACUCCAUUCAUGCACAUGGAGUAACAUAUGAAAAAUCAUCUGAAGGAAUGAGCUAUGAAGACUUCUCUACUGAUUGGUUUAAAUCAGAUGAUGCUGUUCUGCCAAACACCACGUACACUUAUGUAUGGAAUGUGCCGCCUCGAUCUGGACCAACAGCCACUGGUUCCAUUUGCAAGCCCUGGGUCUAUUAUUCCAGUGUGGACUUUGAGAAGGAUAUUCACUCAGGUUUGAUUGGACCUCUUCUAAUCUGUAAGAAUGGAACAUUGACAUCCAUUAAUGAUAUCCCCAAAGAUGCUCACGAAUUCAUUUUGCUGUUCAACACUUUCGAUGAAACUAAAAGUUGGUACUUCAAUGACAACAAAAAACAAAGUUGUGAUGAAGACUGUGAGAUGAGUGAUAAUAAUUCAGAUUUUAUAGAGCGGAAUACAUUUCAUGCCAUAAAUGGAUUUGUCGAUGGUUCUUUAAGAGGUCUGGUGAUGUUUGAGAAGGAACUGGUUCAUUUUUACUUGAUUAACAUGGGGAGCUCGGAAGAUGCACACUCUAUACAUUUAGAUGGUCAUACAUUCAUUGAAAGAAGGGAGAACACACAUCGUCUGGGCAUUUACAGCUUGUACCCAGGUGCCUUUAGAACAGUGGAGCUGCAUUCAUCAAAACCGGGCAUAUGGCUAUUAGACUGUGAAAAUGGAGAGCAUUACAAAGGAGGCAUGCAGGCACACUUGCUGGUUCUAUCAAAAGAUUGUGAUCGCCCACUGGGUAUGGUAUCUGGAAGUAUAACUGAUCCUCAGAUCACUGCAUCAGACCAUGUAGAUGACUGGGAGCCAAAGUUGGCGAGAUUGCAUAACAGUAACAGGAUCAAUGCCUGGAGUGCUGAAAUGCACAGACACGAAAUACCUUGGAUCCAAGUUGACCUGGAAAGGCCAAUGGUGCUCACUGAGAUUUCCACCCAAGGAGCGAGCGUAUACUUUGUGCAAUAUUAUAUUACAGCCUUUUACAUUAAAUACAGUGUGGAUGGAAGCAAUUGGAAGUAUUACAAUGGAAACAGCAGGAGCUACAAACAAAUUUUUAAUGGAAAUUCUGACAGUUCAGGACUAAAGUUUAACAAGUUCAACCCUCCUAUUAUCGCAAGAUAUUUAAAAUUGUAUCCAACAUCCUUCAAAGUCAGACCAACUCUUCGCAUGGAAUUGUAUGGUUGUGAAAUUGACUACUGCUCACAACCCUUGGGAAUGGGGAAAAAAAAUAUUUCAGAUGAUCAGAUAACUGCUUCAUCCUUCUGGGCUUCAUGGUGGGGUUCUUGGUCACCAGCCCUGGCACGUCUGGACCUAGACGGCAGAUUUAAUGCAUGGCGACCUUAUGAACUGAAUGAAAAUCAAUGGCUUCAGGUUAACUUCCGUAAGAAAAUGAAGAUAACUGGCAUUAUUACACAAGGUGCCAAAUCCUUCCCCAUCACAAUGUUUGUGCAAAGUUAUGCAGUCCAUUUUAGCGAUAAUGGAAAAAUAUGGAUACCAUAUACAGAUCAGUCAAAUGGAAAUGAAAAGAUAUUCAUUGGAAAUACUGAUCAUCAUGGACACAGGAAAAACUACAUUAAUCCACCUAUUUCUGCCACAUAUAUCCGCAUAAUUCCAAAAACUUGGUAUAACAGCAUUGCACUUCGAGUAGAGUUCUUGGGAUGUGCCCUUAAAUGAAUAUUUUUUCAAGGGUAUUCAGGGAAGAACCAUUUGCAAAAAUAAAGAGAGUUUUCUAAUUAAAACUAUCGGUGCCUUUUUCGGGGAAUUCAUCAUUCACUGUGGAUAAAUUAAUUUUGAUCUGAAAAAUUAUGGUAAAUUUUCAUUUGUUUGGAAUUAACCUAUGCUGAUUGUAAAUAAUGCAAGAAAGAACAAAUAGGAUUAGUUUGGGAUGAGAAGAAUGAAACACAGAAGAGGGAGAAUGUGGGGGAAUGAUUGAUAAUAUCAUAUCAGAGGGAGUAAAGUGUAUUUGAUUAUGUUUGUAUAAAGGUAAAUUAUAUUAAUCAAAUUAUUUGUCUUAUUUUAUAUAUAUUAUAUAAGUACACAUGCUGUGAACAAAAUAAGCUUAAAGGGUAAAUAUUUGGUGAAUUGUUACGAAGAAUAUAAGGAAGAUAUUACUAUUCAUUUUUUCAUCAGAGAAGAAUAUGACUGUUACAUUUCAAUGUUAUCAUUUUGUAAAUAUAGAUAUGAACUAAAUGUGCAUAAGAGAAGGGACAAGCACUACUGCACCUCAGAUAAUAUCUGAAUCAAGAUCCUAAAUCUAUAAAGCUAAGAUUAAUACCUCAAAUUCUUUAAUGAAACUAAAAGUAAAACCACCCCAAAUACAUCUGUGGAGAAGUUAGAUCACAACUGUGUCCCACUGUUAAUAACUGCUUUCAAUUUACAAUGUCAAUGUAUUCCAUUUUGUUAUUUUCUUAGUUAAAUGUUUAUUAUUUUUCAUUAAAACUUUAGUGAAAACUCCCAGAAAUCCAAGGACAUAAAUUCCAGCAAAUUCCCUUCAUCUAGUGAAUGUAACCUCCUUGACGAAUUCAAUCAUUAGAGCAUUAUUAGCGAUCCUGAGGCCACAUUGUAUUGCCUCCAUUAGAGCUGGUACUUUCUCUGUGAUAAUUCCUAACAUUUUUUGCAAAAACUUUGCCAACAUUGACCCUUAACCUGCAGCUCCUCUUUUCAGAGCUUAGCAGAUAUUUAUGAAAAAUAAAGAAUGAAAGGGUAUCUCACAAUGUCAAUGGAUCUAUCACAAUUGCACCAGCAAUGAAUUUUAACACGCUCCCUUUUGACCUACUCCUUACCACUAAAUUUUCUUAACUUUUGAACAGCUACUGUUCUGAAUUACAAAGUAAAAAUUAGAUUAAAAUUAUAAAUAUUUUCCUUAAUGUUUUGCUAGUUUAUACUCAAUAUUUAAUUUCACAUUUAUUUAAUUCCUGUAUUUUCUCCCCAUUUUCCAAGCCAUUGGAAGUUGAGAGAGUGGAUGCAUUA